AUGGCUUCUUGCUCCCAUUGGUGGCAUGCACCAAUCUACUUCAUUGCGUCUGCAGUCUUGGCAUUCAUAGCAAUCUCCACAGCAUUGAAUUCACCAUCCGAAAAUGCAACAAGACCAAUCAGACCAACAAGCAAUUACCUCUCGUUGAAUGCAUCAAGAACACUGAGAGAAUCUGGGUUCAAUAUCAUGGCUACCCUUCUCAUGGUUUCCCCUGAAAUGUUCUUUUUAUCUCCUAACACAACCAUCUUUGCCAUUAAAGACACUUCCCUUGCCAACACCUCUCUCCCUCCUUGGUUCUUGAAAAACCUCCUUCAAUACCACACCUCUCCUUUGAGACUAUCCAUGGAGGAUGUCUUCAAGAAACCUCAAGGCAUUUGCUUCCCAACACUUGUUGAUCGGAAGAAACUUGCUGUCACCAAGAUUGAUGCGAAAGAAAGACUGGUAGAGAUCAAUCAUGUAAUGGUAUCACACCCUGACCUUGUUCUUGAAAGACAGGUUGCAAUUCAUGGUGUUCUUGCACCGUUUUCAUCACUAGGGUCUAAAGACAUUUUCCUUGGAUGGGAGUUUGUUCAAGCUCCAAUUUGUGAUGUCAAUUCCAGUUUAGUUUCAGACGCUAAUGACCCCAGGAUCGUUUCUGAAUGGACCAGGAUUAUCCAUUUGCUUAGCUCCCACAGAUUUGUUUCAUUUGCAAUUGGAUUGAAUUCUGUUCUUGAUGGAAUUCUUGUGGACCAUAAGAACUUGAGUUCUGUAACAAUCUUUGCUCCUCCAGAAUUUGAGUUUGUGGCAUCUUCAUCACCAAUGCUUGAGAAGAUUGUGAGAUUGCACAUACUGCCCCAAAGAGUUACGUACAUGGAACUUGCUGCAUUACCAGAUAAACAACGGCUGAAGACUCUGCUCCCUGAUGAAGAUCUUGAGAUUACUAAUGGUGUUAAUGUGACACAGGGUUUCGCCAUUAAUGGAAUACAGAUUGCAGCACCAGAAAUCUUCUCAUCCAAGAAGUUCAUAGUUCAUGGGAUUCCUCAAGCUUUCGAGACCACUAAUUUUCAUAAUACAUCAAGAUAA